UUUGUAAAUUUAAUCUGUUGAUACGGUAUACGAGUACCGCAUCGUGGAUUCGUAUGUUAUAUUUUAUCGUAUUUUAUUGAAUUAUUAAACAAGAUUGUGUACAAUUAAACAAGAAAAAGAAUUGUCAUUUUACUAUUUUUUAUAUUGUGAACAACAUACUAUCAUAAUUAUAACAGAAUGCCACCUAAAAAAGUAGAAGAGCCUGAAAAAAAACCACUUAUUGGAAGAGUUGGUACAAACUUGAAAGUGGGUAUUGUUGGAGUUCCAAAUGUUGGCAAAUCAACAUUUUUCAAUGUGCUUACUAAAAGCCAAGCAGCUGCUGAAAAUUUUCCAUUUUGUACCAUCGAUCCCAAUGAAAGUCGAGUACCAGUUCCGGAUGAGAGGUUUGAUUACCUUUGCACUUAUCACAAACCAGCAAGUAAGGUACCUGCAUUUCUGAAUGUAGUGGAUAUAGCCGGUCUAGUUCGAGGUGCCGCUGAAGGUCAAGGCUUGGGCAAUGCAUUUUUGUCGCAUAUUAAGGCUUGCGAUGCCAUAUUCAAUCUCUGCAGAGCAUUUGAUGAUGAGGAUGUGAUUCACGUCGAUGGUGAUGUUAAUCCCGUCCGAGAUCUUGAGACUAUUGGAGAAGAAUUACGGCUUAAAGACGCCGAGCAACUCAUUCAACACGUAGAAAAAUUAGACAGAGUUGUCAACCGUGGCGGUGAUAAGAAAUUAAAACCCGAAUAUGAUACACUGGCAAAAGUAAAAACAGUUUUAGUCGAGGAAAAGAAACAUAUUCGUUUCGGGGAUUGGAGUGCUGCGGAUAUCGAGGUACUGAACAAAUAUCUAUUUUUAACAUCGAAGCCCGCGCUUUAUCUCGUUAACUUGUCGGAAAAAGAUUAUAUCAGAAAAAAGAAUAAAUGGUUACCAAAACUUAAAGAAUGGAUCGAUAAAAAUGAUCCAGGUGCACCUCUAAUACCAUUUUCUGGCGUUUUGGAAAGCAAGUUAUUUGAAAUGGAUCCAGAUGAAAAGCAACAGUUUCUUAAAGAAAAUAAUAUUACAAGUGCUUUAGACAAAAUAAUUAUCCAAGGUUACAAAGCACUUCAGUUGGAAUACUUUUUCACUGCCGGCGCAGAUGAAGUCAAAGCUUGGACUAUUCAGAAAGGCACUAAAGCGCCCCAAGCUGCUGGUAGGAUUCACACGGAUUUCGAGAAAGGUUUCAUAAUGGCUGAAGUUAUGCAUUACAAGGACUUCAAAGAAGAAGGCUCGGAAGCAGCCUGUAAAUCCGCCGGAAAAUACAGACAACAGGGUCGUAACUACGUGGUAGAGGACGGUGAUAUAAUUUUCUUCAAAUUCAACGCCGGUGCUGGGCUCAAGGACGCUAAGAAGAAAUGACGCGACAAGUAUCUUCUCCUCAUAGUACACAUGUUGUACCUCAAUCUCGCGUUAUACACAUUAUUACACGUUGCUUGAAUUACAAUUUUACACCAUAAUAAAUUAUAAUAUACCUAAUUACUAACGAAAUAAAGCUUGUUCUCGUUUGUAUGACUUAA